GGAGCACUAAGCUAACGAAACACCUGGGUCGUUUUGUGGAAGGUAUCAGGAUCCCUUAGUAUUUAUUUUCGUUUAGACAGUAUAUAUGAGUAGAAAUUAAGGAUAUUCGUCCUAAAAGAUGGCAAACAGAACGAACGAGUUUUUUGGAUUCAUAAAAAAAGGAAACGUAGACCUGGAAAACCUCUCUAUGCGAAAGCCUAAGCUUUCAAACGUGCGAGAUGGUUUUCUUGCUGAAGCUUAUUUAAUUCAUAACACAAUUGUUCAUCUUUGUACGUUUCUUGAGAAGAUCCGUGGUGCAUACUUGAAGGGCCGAACUGUUUCCAAUGUUCAUAAAUUAUCGAAACCCUUAAUGGAGUCCUCAUUGGAGGAACUUUCCAAGUUAGAGCUGAACGAUUUACAGCGAGACGAAAUCGACCGUGAGGCCUCAACAAUCAUUAAUUCUUGUGUACAAAAAAUCAAUUCUCUUCAAAAUGUUGUGAAAGACAAGCAAAGCCAAAUUCCCAAAAGGACUGGGUGGCUGCAAGGCUUAAGGAGCCCUGAAAAACUUACAAAGUCUGAGACUAUGGUUGCGCAUGGCUCUUCAAUACUUUGGUAUCUUCAGAAUGAACUCUCGGAGGUUUCGUCCUCUCUGUAUCAACUUCAAGACUUAAGACUGAGGCGAGCUCAAGAAAGAAAAACAAUCAUGUCGGACAUUUUGCAUCCACAAAAAACAGGCGAUAUGCCUGUUGAAGAAAUUCCUGAUUCCGAGUUUCAAAACUACUUUAGUCAGGAGCAAUUGGUUCUACUAGAGCAAGAUAAUGAUCUCAUGCUGCAAGAAUUCGAGCAUACAAUGCAGCAAGUACAGGAGACCGGGAAAUCUCUGACUGAAAUUGCCAGAUUACAGACGGAAAUUUCUACUCAUCUUUCCAUUCAAUCUACAGCAGCCGAAAAGCUAUAUGAAGAUGCUAUGAAUGUAGCCGAUUCUAUCACAGGCGGUAACCGUCAACUCAUUCAUGCUAAAUCAAGAAAUAGCAGGACGGCCAGAAUUCUCUUCUUCGUUUUCACUAUACUUGGUUUACUCUUGCUGGCUUUGGAUCGAAUUGUUUAAAAUAUCAAAACUUACAUCCGCUUUCUUCUUACCCUUUUUAUUAAUAAUAAUGUUAACACCCAAAUUAUUCUUAUGCAUCAAUAGACCGUUUUAUGCGUGCUUAUAUGGGUAAUAAUAAUAUCUUUCAAUCUGUUUUAUGCUAUAUUCACUUCGGUUAUAAGACGCAUUUAACGGCAAUCUCCUGUCAUGACUUACUUCACCUGCUUGUGCUUCAUUUCUAUAAUGAUUAUACGUUGAAAAAAUUUUCUAAUUCAACAGAUAGAUAUUGUUUUUCUAAAGUUUUUGAAGUAGAAGAUACAAUUCAUUCGAACAGCUAUAGUAUUCUUCGUCAUGAUGAAUAUUUCAACUUUCAAUGCAAUAAAAUAAUACUUCAAUCUAGU